ACCUUCGUACAGCACGAUGGACAAGUCGCUACCACUGUGGUUGGGAUCGAGGAAGGGAAGGAGGCUGCCGUCAUAUUGCUGCAUCGAGGCCUGGAUGGCUCGGGCAGGGCAGGGCAGGGCAGGGCAGGCAAAAUUUCUGUAUUCCAUCCGGGGCAUUUGCCUCGAGGAUACCUUACCGUACCUUGGUAAAUCUACCUACAUAUCCUCUUCCCUCUUUCCUCUUUCUUCCCACCUCAUUGGUACUUGAGGCCACCACACCACAGCGCAGCGCGCCUCCUUCCUUGCUCUGGCUCUGGCUCUUGCGUUGCUUUGCUUUGCUUUGCUCUGCUGCGCUGAGUUGUCUCCCACCCGGUGCCAUCUUAGCAAGUGGCUGGCUGGCUGGCAAUCUGGCUUUCGUCAUAUGUGAAGGUAUGCUGUGUGUGGCAUCAUGGCAUGCCUUAUGUAGACUCACCUGGGUGGACAACGCAGAGCGGGACUGAGCAGGACAGCCCCGGGCGUCUUUCCACGCGCCGUUCUGCGUUCUGCUCAAGCUGCCCACGCUGCCCUCGCCGGCCAAAUGUCAUUGUCUUCCUCACUUACCUAAGGUAAUUUACAAUUGUUGUCAUGGGCUAUCCGGAUGCAUCGACGCUGUGGCCACGCUGUAGGAAAUCUGAUUGCCUUGGUCUGGGUUCUCUUCUUGAUCUGAUCUGAUUUGACCCGGGCUCGGGCUCGGGAACUAAACUUUUGGCUGCAGUCACUAACAGCUUCCCCUGUUGCCCCAAUCCCAAAGGGGUAUCGAGAAUCGACGUCCCCUGCUGCGCUUGCCCCCUUAGGCCCUGGCUCGCCUAGCUAGUUAGGCCCGGCCCAAAUAUUCCUCGAACUGCGACAGCACUGCACUGCACUGCACUGCAUUGCACUACACUACACUGUACAACCAUCUCCACAGACGCAUUUCCUCACCUCACCUCACCUCAUCUCACCUCACUUGACUGUCAGGAAACCAGUUCAUCACGUGUGUUCUUGACUCCUCUUUUCUUGUUCUCUGUCUUAUUUCCUACCCGCCCUCUGCUCUUCUUAGGCUCGUUCGGAUCUACUUCAUGUACAUUGUUAGCAGAUAAAUAGCACUUCUGGUGCUCUUCUUUCCUCUCCCACGUCACCCAACAUGUCAGCCUACAUAGAGAAAUAUCGAGAGCUCCUCGAAGAAUACUACGACCUAUACUACGAGCAAUUGCUCGACCAGAUCCCUGUCAUCUCCACCCAAACCUACGUUCUGACAGUCUUUGCCAUCUGCAUACCUCCAAUAAUCGCUCUGAUAUUUUACGAGCGAGAACAAGCAAGGCUCCGCGCUGAGGAGCCCAAGGGGUGCAGAAAACUUGGCUUGAAGAUCGAGUCGAAUUUGCUCAAUGAAUUCGACAAGAAGUUCUCCGAGGGACGACCGCCGUCUACCGAAGAGACAUCAGCAGAAUGGUGGCGGCUGAAGAGCUUAUGGAUCUACCCAGUGAAGAGCUGCAGAGGUGUAGAGUUGAAUCGAGGCUCAGUGAUUGCGACUGGUAUGGAAUACGAUCGCCAAUUCACAUUUGCUCAACUGAAAAGCCCCUUUCCCGUCAAUGCUGCCACCCCUGAGAAGGAAAAGGCGGCACACAAAUGGGAGUUCAUCACCCAAAGACAGUUCCCUCUGCUGGCCAAAAUACGGACCGAGAUGUGGGUUCCGGAUCAGUCUGUGGAUACAUACACACCCCAUGCUGAGGAUGUUGAGUCUGGGGGUGUCAUAAUUUUGAGCUUCCCAUACCAAGAGGCUGGCUGGAGAGGUAUCAUGGCAAAAUGGGGAGCUUCGGUGAAGGGCACGUAUCCCGAAAAGCAGUUUCGCAUUCCAUUCGACCCAUCUCCAGUACAGAUCGAGAAAGCUGGCUACUCCUACGAGAAGAUGACGAUCUGGAAGGACACAGUGACGGCGCUGAAUUUAGAAAUCGAAAUCCCAGACGAAUUGAGAUACUACCUCGGCAUCAGCAACAAACUUGGACUCUUCAGGAUCGACAACUCGAAGUUACGGGAGGUACACAGGAAUGCGCCAACGAAGGCAGAGUUGGGAUAUCAACCAGUGACCGGUUUUCAAGAUGCUUAUCCCCUCCACCUAAUCAACCUUGCCAGUGUCCGCGACGUUGAAAGCCAAAUGCCUAAAGUCAAGGGUGCCCCACGCCUCUCCGCUGCCCGGUUCCGCGCCAAUCUAAUCAUUACCGGUCCAGAUGCCUACCACGAAGAUACUUGGCGGCGUAUCAAGAUUGGGUACUACGAAUAUGACGUAUCAUGCCGGACUGCUCGCUGUAAGAUGCCAAAUGUAGACCAGAUUACUGGCGAAAGACAUCCCAGCGAGCCUGAUAAUACCCUACGAAGUUUCCGAGCCGUAGACGCAGGUACUGGACCAAAUAUCGGCUGCUUAGGCAUGCAAAUGGUACCAGUCGCCAAGGAGAGCAGUCUGCGCGUUGGAGAUGAGAUAACAGUUCUGGAAGUCGGAGACCAUGAGUAUAUCAAGCAAUAACGGAACUUGCUUUAGAUACACAUUACGUCUCCGAUUUGCCAGAGAGAAUAAACAAGUUCAAUUAGGUUUUCUUUGUUUGUGAAUGAGGAUACCCCAUAGCUCUUGUCUGUUUGUCUGUUUAUCUAUCUGUCUGAUGAAGAUGAAGCGAGUUUGAGCGGCCAAAAGAAACACACAUGAGGGAAUGACUGGGACAAUUAACAACUUUGUAAUAGAGAAACAACGGGCCGGAAUGAUCAAGGUCUCUUUGUUGGGAACGGGUAUAAGUCCUGCUUGUUGUUUAUAGUAUUUCGUUUCUUACUUCCUAGAUUUUGCAUUUUCGCGGAUCAUACAUACAUACAGGGAAGGGAGGCAGAGGGUGUUCCUAUUUCGUUCUGUUAUAUCAUUGUUCGUGUAUUAUUGUCCUGCAAUGUUGGGAGCAAUGGGUUGGAGUUGGUAGAUUGUGGCUGCAUAAAUGGAAUGGCAUCGUCUGUAUCUUUGAACAUAUAGCUGGCUCUUACUCUGGGUGAUUUGAUACGAUGUUGUUUUAUGUCAUGGUUCUUGGCCUUGGCUUUAUGUCAUCAGCGGGUACGACAAUCAGCACAUGCUCAGGUUCACUAAGGAUUCCGUCCUCAACAGACAUAAUAACCAGAAAGACACAGUAAAAGUGCACUCCUUCGAUCAACAAGCUCAACAACCAAAGAAGAUCAAAAAGAAUGACGUGAGGAGAAUGCAAAGAAAUCGGGGUCGGAUGGUCAUCUCUAGCGCUCAACCUCGACUUCCUUGGAAUAGGGAAAAUCAAAAGCUGCGGGAGUUUACUGGUCCCUAUUCAAAUAACACACUCGUCUACCAUCUCACA